AACAAACAAAACACAACAAUUCUGCUGACCACUCUCCGGGAAUACUUUCAACGGCGAAGACUCCACAAUGUCUCAUGCACAAUCUGCCCGUAUCGGACGAAUGCACCUCUCCAAUCUUCCACCUGAGAUCUGGUCUCUAGUUGCUGAACAGAUCCAUAGCCCACAAACGUUUAUCCAAUUAAUACAAGUCUGCCGUACCUUCCAUAGCAUUUUCGUCCCCUUCCUACAUCGCAGCCACUCUCUCCUGUUAAGUCGAAAGCCAGCUCACGACUGGCUGUCAUGGCCUAUACCCGCAUAUCUAAAGCACGCUCCUCAAGGAGUUCAGGGAGAGUAGAUAUAUGUACCAUGGAGAGCAAAUGAACAAAAUAUACGGUGGAUUUGUGGCGAAUCUUAUCAAGCAAAUGCCAGUCCUACAAUCCUUCAGGUUUGGUUCCCUCACCCUCUUUAUUGUGCCUACUAAAUUUGCUA